AUAUGCCAGUCAUUGUUAUGAUGAAAACAACCGAAGGGGUGGGUGGUGAGGAUAAGAAGAACCGAGAUAAUAUUUGGCCAGAGCUACGUGUAGCACAGGAGCCAGAGCGGCAGCUGCACCUGCGAGGAGCGCAGGCAGCGGGCGCGACCUCCGGGCGUGGUGGUGGGCGUGGCCGGGCGGCGGGGGCGUGGCCGGGUGACGGGGCGGGCGAUGCCGCCGGUUGGAAGGGGGUGGAGUUGCUCUUGGAGGCGGCACCGGACCUGGGCCCCGAGGCCCACCGCGCCCUAUCGGGCCUGAGCCGAGUGGCCCCACGGAGCCGGCGCGCUCCCGCCUGCAGGGGGAGAGCGGACGGGGUGCGGGGACCGGCCAGGCCGUGGCGGGUGCUGUUUCUCUUUCACUUUCCUUCACUCUGAGGCCGGCGCGCUGGCGGGCGAGGAGCGGCGGCGGUGGCGGCCGCUGGACAUGGGAAAGCGGAACCACCAAAAGGAGUGAUGGUCAACGAUCUCAUGAUAAAUCUGGAUGCUAGUUCUCAUGCCUCAGGACGUCCUACUGGGAACGCCACACCAGCUCCUGGGAUCAGACUUUCAUCUACUUAGGACCCCUCUUUGCCCGAACUACUAAAGCCAGUCUUAGCUAGCCACGAAUGGCUACCCAAAGGAAACACUUGGUGAAAGAUUUUAAUCCUUACAUUACCUGCUAUAUCUGUAAAGGGUAUCUGAUCAAGCCAACCACAGUGACGGAAUGCCUCCAUACAUUCUGUAAGACUUGUAUUGUUCAGCACUUUGAAGAUAGCAAUGAUUGCCCAAGGUGUGGCAACCAAGUUCAUGAGACAAAUCCAUUAGAAAUGUUGAGGUUGGACAAUACAUUAGAGGAAAUUAUAUUUAAGCUGGUCCCUGGACUGCGAGAACAAGAACUUGAGCGUGAAUCUGAAUUUUGGAAGAAAAAUAAGCCUCAAGAAAAUGGACAAGAUGUUACUUCAAAAGCUGACAAACCGAAAGUAGAUGAAGAAGGUGAUGAAAAUCAAGAUUAUCACAGAAGUGACCCACAAAUUGCUAUCUGUCUAGAUUGUUUACGAAAUAAUGGACAAUCGGGGGACAAUGUAGUAAAGGGUUUAAUGAAGAAAUUCAUUCGAUGUUCUACACGGGUAACUGUUGGAACUAUUAAAAAAUUUCUAAGUUUAAAACUAAAACUUCCAAGUUCUUAUGAGCUGGAUGUGCUGUGCAAUGGUGAAAUUAUGGGGAAGGAUCAUACUAUGGAGUUCAUCUACAUGACAAGAUGGCGACUAAGAGGCGAAAACUCAUACCCUAUGGUAUUGCAGUAUCGACCAAGAAUUGAUUUUGGUUAGACCAAGGGGCCCAGACCUCACUGAGAUGAAUCCUGCACUAUUUGUUUACUCGUCAACAGAUUGCACAGUUAACGGUGUGUGGACUAGAGGAACACAACCAGAUUUUCAGCAUGCAAAUAAGGCCAUUGUCUAUCUCUAAAUUGUCAGUUGCAUUCAUGUUGUUUCUAUUAAGAGCAAACCAAGUGCCAUUCUGCUACUGAACCAUCUGCAUAAGGUAUCUGUGUUGUCUCAAAGUGUGCAAGUCACGGUCAAAAUCAGUUAGGUGUGCCGCCAUGAUUCAGCCUUCUGAAUAUUUUGCUUGCCUGUUCCAAGAUUGUUCUAAUGUUUAAUUACACUAGUAAAAUGGCUCAAUUGUUGUGGUGUUGCAGUUUUCACAUACUUACUAUUUUAUUCUUGUUUAAAUAGUGUACUGUACAAGAAACUAAUAAUUAUAUAUUGAAAUUAUUUUGUAUGGAAAUAUAUUUAGAAAAGUGGUUUUUGAGCCACUGUCUUGUUCUUGGUAAGCUUUUUGUGUGGAAAAAAAAAAGUCCAUUCUUGAGUGUGCAAGUCCUUUUGCGAAGAAUUCCAAUUAUUCUGUAACAUUAGAGCACAACAUAAUUGUAGACAUUCUAAGCAUCUGUCUGUAUAGUCUACCAAUUGCACAAGGAAGGCACGUUAGCCCUCCAGAUUGAAAAUGUAUGUGACCUCUUGAACUGAAGUUAGAUUCCCAACCAUUCAAAAUGUUGGCAGCUGAUCACAUUUACUUCUGAUAAAAUUAAUGUGUAAGUAAGGUUAAUCUUCUUUCAUGAUGCCUUAUGACAAGCAGGUGCUGCUUCAUGAAAUGUCAUUGUAUAGCCCAUUUCAUGUAUCAUUACAUUGUUGCUGUCGUUCAAUGAGUGCAUUAUUUCUCUUUUUAAGUUGGCCUUAGGUAUAUGUCAUUGUGGCAUGCAGAGAGUUAUGAUGAUUUUAAAUAUUAGGAUUUUUAGAGCACAUAACAUUAGCUAUUUUAUGGAUUUCAAAAGUCUCAAAACAGUUGUAGAUUAAAACUCUUAGUUACCUUUCACAUUUCCAAACUAAAUGCAUAAAAUAGAACAAAUGCAGUAUAGAAGAUAACUAUGCUAACCAAAAUUAAUAGGUUAAGGGUAUUUUAUUUUAAAUCCUGUAGUAAUCGGGGAAAUGGGAUUAUUGUUUUAUACAUGAGUUCAUUAAGAUCAGAAAUAGAAAAUGUCUUGUAUUUUGCAGUUUUGUUAAGUCUUCCAUUCAUUUUAGAAUUAGUCUGCAAGUCAAAGAAAGUCUUGUUACCUUAAGUUAUAUGAAAACGGUCAUUUUAAACCAUUUUAUUACAGUUUUCAAAAACUUAGAAAAAAAUCUUGAAAGUUAGGAAAAAUAAUUUAAAAAUAUGACAUGAGCACAAUCUGUGUAUUACACACAUUUAGUUUUUAUACUGCAUAUGUGGUAAAUGUCCCACAUUUUCCAGUAAAAUGUAUCAGAAAUUAAUGCCUUCUGAAUUUCAAAAUGAUUCGUAGAAAUAAGAUAUUGUACAACUAUAGCAAACAUAAAAUACAGGUAAAUCUUAAUACAUUUCACUAUGUAAAAGGCUAAAACUUCAUAAUUAUCUUCUCCUUGUAUCUUUUUUUGAGUUAAAAAGUCUAUUAAAUUUUUCUGUUCUAAAUUUGGUGGAAACGGUUACGGCAAUACUUUGUUUUGUUAGAUUGUUUUUAUUCUUGGAAUGGCUCACAAGCAGAAUUUAAAAGGCAGAUUUUCAUUAACUACAAAUGGCUGAAAAAACUGAAUUUACUAUCUAGCUACAGAAAUUAUUUUUCUAUGCUGUAAAACCCAGUUCGCAGAUAUCCCUAAGAACUUUUAAAAAUUUUUUGUCACAUCUAGGUCAGUGAUUAAAAUAGUGUUUUGCAAAUAGAAGUUAAUUUUAAUCAACUCAGAAUGAAUUAAGAGUGCAUUUUAAAAAUCACAAGUGAGACUUUGAUGUUUUUGCUGCCCCCAGCCAAAACUUAACGGCCAUAAAUGAAUUUUAUCCCCAAAAUCUCUUUAAAUUUGGUCGGUUGCCUUGUCAUAUGUAAUUUCACUAUUUUCCAAGGAAAUAUAGAGAGCAAUGAUGAAACUGAGAAUAGUUUUAUAUAGAAUUCCUCUAUUUACUGAUAAUGCAUUAACAUUUUUAUUGAAAUGCUGUGGAAUAUGUGCCAAAACGUGAAAAGCUUACAUUAAGAAAGGCAUCAACUGUCAUUUGGAGAAAGGUACACAUUUUUUUUGAUGGUCCUAAGUGAUGUGAUAUUGCUACUAGAAUCACAGAUUUCUUCAACUGACUUCUUUUGGUAUGUUCAGUUAUAGCUUUCUAAGGAUAGGACUACUUUUAUGUCUAGUAAUACACUGUAUUCCCUGUUAAUUAUCCCUUAAGUCGGGUUGUAGAAUUUGUAAGAAACUAGGUAUAGAAAAAACAUAUAGGCAAAUUCUGUGGUUAGCUUUAUAAAUUUAGGGUGCUUAUAAAAUGAAUUCUUUAUAUAAACUAUAGGAAUAAUCAUCUGAAUCUGUAAAAUCAGAGAAUAAAACUAAAAGUUUUCUUUAAUCUGUUGUUUCUUAAGCAAUAAACUGAAAGACCUUUACUUCCAUAAAA